CUGAAAAGUUUGAGUUCCGGAGCAGAUAAGUUUCGAAUACUAAGUUCCAAAAGAAGGUUGGCCGGCGAUUCUUGAAAGAAACCUCAUGUCAGUUCCGGCGACGGUGAUGUUUUGUCCACCGUCAUCUUUGCUCACUCAUGAUUGCUUCUUGAACUUUGGAAGUCCAUAAAUAAAGAAACAAAGUCGUCUUUGUCCCCUUCUCAAUUUACUUGCUUUUCUUUUUAUGGUUUGGAAGAGUAAUAUUGUAAUGAACGCACUCACAGCCGGCCUCAAACACAAAUUUCGAUACAAACAGAGCAUUCCGUUUAUAAUCUUACCUCCAGUUCCUACACAAAUAUGAUAUAAUCAAUCUUCAUUUUCUUCAAUUCAAACAAUUUGUAUCAAAUAUCACUCAAUAAUUCUCUCAUUUUAUGAGAUUCAACCAUGCCCCACAUCCACAAAUUCAUUCCCUCACACAUUUACUCUCUUCUUCUACUUACUGCUGCGGUACUCUCUGUUUUUUCCCCUGUUCUUGCAGGUGAAUCAUCGCCGGCAACUUCCGAUAUCCGAGGCGGUUACUGGCUUUCAUGGCUAGCCCAAGACUUCCCUCCGUCGGCAAUCUCCACCUCCCAUUUCACCCACCUCUUCUACGCCUUCCUCGAACCAAAUAACGUAACCUUCGAAUUGACAAUCACUCCCAACGACGAUCAAUGGAUGAGAAAUUUCACUUCCACCAUCCACGCCGUCGACUCCCAAAUCAAAACCAUCCUCUCAAUCGGUGGUGACGGCUCCUCUGUUCCCAUAUUUUCAGCCAUGGCCGCUACCCAGACCACCCGCUCCAGCUUCAUCGCCUCCACUAUCUCCACCGCAAGAUUGUACGGCUUCGAUGGCCUUGAUCUAGAUUGGGAAUUCCCAAAUUCCACAGACGACAUGUCCCACUUGUCUUUGCUCUUCCAAGAGUGGCGUCAAGCAAUCGAAAUAGAAUCGCCCUCCAACACCGGUCGACCUCCACUGGGCUUAUCGGCAGCCGUCUUGUACGCUUCCAGUUUUCAAUCGCCGCCGAGAUCGUACCCUGCCGACGCCAUAACCAAGUACGUCGAUUUCGUCAGUCCGAUGUGCUUCGAUUACUUCGGAAAAUGGACGCCGUCGGCUACCGGAUCACACGCUCAGCUGUUCGAUAAAACAAGCAAUUUGAGCACCAGCUACGGCGUAAAUUCGUGGAUAGAGGCUGGGGUUCCGGCGGAGAAAUUGGUUAUGGGGCUGCCGGUGUACGGGAGGACGUGGCUGUUGAAGACUGCUUGUGAUCAUGGGAUUGGAGCGCCGGCGGAGGGAGUGGGGCCAGGAAAUGAGGGUGUUAUGAUUUAUUCUGACGUGUUGGAUUUUAAUUCGGCGAACGGCGCCACGGUGGUGUUCGAUACGGAGUCCGUUUCGACGUAUUCGUUCGCGGGAACCACUUGGAUUGGGUAUGAUGGGCCGAGUUCUAUUGAUGCGAAGGUUAAGUUUGCGAAGGCCCAUGGGCUUCGUGGGUACUUUUUUUGGGCCCUUGGAUAUGAGAAGAAUUGGACCAUCGCUGAAACAGCUCAAAAUGCAUGGAUGUAUGGUUGAUAAUAAAAUUUUAAUAUGAUAUACAAGAGAUUCAUUUUCUUCGACUAGAGCACAACCAAAACAUAGUUUCAAGUGACAAGUUCUUAUAGAUUCUUUUAUUGGAGUCUUUCUUAAUAGUAUUUUAAAAUAAAAUAUCAACUCACUUAUAUGUUCGGUUGUAUUGAAAGUGACAUUUAUACCCAUCAAAAUGAUUUGUAUCAACACUUCAACGUUGUUUCAUUAAUGCAAAGAAUAAGAUUCAUUUUCA